UUUUAGUAUGUGUUGUAAUGUUUUCAUUUUCUUGCGGUCUAUGGACCACACCUUCUAUCAUAUUCAAUCUUGAAAGCAUACCAAUUUUCUUCGUGAGGCACAAGGGUGAAUUUUGAUAAAACAAUGUUUAUAUGGGAAUAAGGGCCAAGUCCUUCCUUCUCUGGGGUGGUGUUGUAGUUUACAAGUUGUAGGUGAAUUUAUUUAUAGACACAGUAAGAAAUAACAAUUUCUGCAAUUUAUUGGGACAUGUUACUAUUUUCCUUUGAUCUUUUGAUGUUCGGGUUCAGUCCAGAAGUACUAUGCCUGGUUCACUUGCUUUCUAUCAAGUCGCUGCUGGUCCUUUUCUACUUAUUUUCAAAUGUCUGUGAUCUUGCCCUUGUCAGAAAACUGUAUGUAUAACUUAAGCGAUUUGGAAGUUGAAACAUGAAAUGGUUGCAUGACUAUAAAUACUUGCAUAGUUGGAACAAGAAGAAGUUCCAGGAGUCCAUCAAUCCCCAGUUUUACCAAGUGUUAACCACAGACAAGAACUGCAAGCUAAUCCAAAUCUCUCCUACAUCAAUUUCUGUCCUCCCAAUCUUUGGUUAAUAGAGGAAUCUUUCUCUUGAGUAGCCGGAUCAAUUAAUUGUCAUGGAAGAUAUUAUUCACUGGUUCUUGUAGCUAUCCUUUGGUAUGCUGUGACAUAAGAUGUCAGAACUGUAAUAGACAGCUAUGUUCCUGUGUAUUUUUGGAACAUAUUUUUUUAUGCUUGUUUCUUUGCUAAAAAUAACCUUUUAUUUUUUUUUCCAUUUUUUUCUUAUUAAGUCACAACUCACAUAUCUUCCAUCUCAAACAUUUACAUUCAUGAUGGGGCGAUUGGUUCAUUGUCAAACUGUAAUGCAAAAGUCCGUGUAAUAAGUGAUAGUCCUUCUGCAAUAUUACAUCUCUCCAAUGUUCUUUGGAAGACACCUGCUCGUGCUGUUUCACAUGACUGUUGUCCUUUGACAGUUUAUGUUGCUUCAUCUAUAAGGUGAUAUCAAAUUACAUGCAUUCAUUGGUGCCUCUAGGGUCUUGCAUUAAAUAAGCUAAGUUGCUUAUCCUAAGGUUGCUUUUUAAAUUGUUGUCAUCAUAAUAAAUACUUCUCUUAGUCAUUCUUAGAUUGCCCAUGCCAUCCAUUAAAUGGUAAGAGGUGGUGCGUGGGUUCGGACAGUUGCUAGAAAAAUAAAUAAAUAAUGUGGCAUCUUAAAUCGGUAAGGUAGGCAAUAAUCUGGGACUGAAGGAUCCCCGCCCUUCUUUCUGAUAAAAUCUAUAACCUAAAAAAAUUGGGGCUAAGGUAUAACAACUCUACUUGCUUUUACUUUUCCAUUAUAUGGUAAGAUACUGUUUUUUUCUCUAAUCUUCCAUGAUGUUCUUUGAUAGAAGUGCAUAUUGAUGAAAACUGAUGCUUUGUUUAUGAAUUCUGUAUCUAAGGAUUACAUUUUGGUCACACAGUGAAGGUGUUGUGGAUGCUGUUGGUCUCGGAGCUCAAGGAAAUAGUGGUCUUAUAGCUGCAGAUAUUGAGCGUUCUUCAUUUAUUUUAUGUGGUGAAGCGUCUGCUGAUACCAGUGGAAUUAAAGAAGCACUAGCCGCCUUGUCCGGGCCUAUCAUAGCUUCUAGAGGAGGCAUUCCUUUAUUGGCAAGAUAAAAUUCUAUUAUCUGAUUUCAUCAGAUAAUGCAAUUAAAUGCAAUGUCUAAUGUACGAGAUACAUCUGGACUUUGUGAAUUUCAGGCUUCUAGUUUCUGGCAACUCUGUGAUUGUUAUAUUUGCUCCUGAAGAUACCAUUCAGACCUGUUCUGGUAAACUGGUAUCUGCAGAUGCAGGUGUAAUUCUUUCUUCUCAAGGUGUUGUGCCAUAUUUUCAGACAAGGAAUUCUGGUGAACCUGGUUCUUUCAAAUUCCCAUCUGCUAUUGUCUUUGCAACUUCUGACAGUUCCAGGACCAUUCCCUGUAUAUCCAAGUUAUCUCCUUGCCAAGCAGCUUAUCACUUCUUGGCUGGGUAUCAAAAUGGAAAGUUUGUGCCUGCAUAUAGCGACAGUCCUUCCAUUGACACAUUAGAAUUCGCAAAGGCUCUUUCAUCAGAGAAGAAGCAGCGGAGACAUCAAGUCCGAUCAGAUGAUGAUUUCUCGCUGCAUUUUUGGGUAAAAAAGAAAUCGUAUAACCUUUACUCUUACAUCUUUAGUUAUUAAUCUCAAAUGAUUUGUUGGUUGAUUUUCCAGGACAUCAGUUUCUGACAUUCGUUCAAUCAUCUCUGUCAAAUAAGGUAGCUCCGUACACGAGUCUCUGUUGAGAGCUAACCUACCAUGGUGUUUAAUGUGUAUAUCCUCAGAUAAACUAAAGUUCGAUUACAAUUUUAAAGCUUGAACAAUUUAGUUUGUUCAAGCUAAACUAUAAAUUCUCAUUGUUAUGUGAAUAA